AUGCGUUUCACCAACUUCGCCAUUGCAGCUUUCUCGCUGUCGCUGGCCACUGCUAUGCCGACAAAGCGUGCGAUCGUGCUUCCUGGAAAUGACGGCACUGGUAAUGGAGUUGUUCCGUCUGUCGGCGUAGCAGUUGAUGACGGAGUGCAAGCCGUUGAGGGUGCUGUCGCUGCAAUUGUCAAGGGAGGCUCAGACAACAGCAAGCGUGCCAUCGUGCUCCCUGGAAAUGACGGCACUGGUAAUGGAGUUGUUCCGUCUGUCGGCGUAGCAGUUGAUGACGGAGUGCAAGCCAUCGAGGGCACUUUUGCAGGUGUUGUCAAGGGCGGCUCAGACAACAGCAAGCGCGCUAUCGUACUCCCUGGAAAUGACGGCACGGGUAACGGAGUUGUUCCAUCUGUUGGCGCAGCAGUUGAUGGCGUAGUGCAGACCGUCGAGGGCGCUUUUGCAGGUGUUGUCAGGGGCGGCGAUGCGUCCGACGCAGAGUGA